AUGGUCCCGUCUUGCCUCGACAGCUUCCGACUCACGUUCACGGACGAGCAGCGAAACCGACGCGACCUUCCCGAACUCACGACGCUUACGGACCGCAUUCGCAUCCAGCUUCGUUCGGCAGGACUCUCGACCUCGCAUUCGGCCAUGCUUGCCACCAGCUCCCCCUGCCCCGCCUGCCGCGCUCCCGGUCACCGCCUGCGCGACUGCACUUCACGUGCGAAGCACCCGCCCACCGGCCCCUGCCGCCGAUGCCACAAGAAAGGUCACUGGGCACUCGACUGCAAGAACCGGGGUGAACAGGCACGUAGCAGCGACGACACCCAGGACGACACGUCUUCCUCCGCGGCCUCGCAACCGAACGUCGGCUAUUUCGCCUCCUGCCUCUUCGCUCGUCGCCAACUCCCAACUGACGCCUUUGUAGUCGAUUCGGGUGCCACGACACACAUGGUCGCCGACCGAUCUCUAUUCACGACUUAUCGUCAGACGGCACACACCAAGAUCGGCGGCAUCGCGGGCGGCAUCACGGCUAUCGGCAUGGGGGACGUGGCAUUCGUCGCCAAGACUGGACACCCGAUCACGCUCCGUGGUGUUCUUCACACGCCUGGCCUACACGUCAACCUCCUCUCUGUCUCUCGCCUCUGCGACACCGACCGCGUUCGUCUCGCCUUCACCAGCGACGGCAUCGACAUCGCCAAGGACGGCCGGGCCAUUGCUCACGGUACCAGGGUCAACGACGGUCUUUACCUUUUGGACGCGGAUCACACCAAGUGUCAGCAUCUUGCCUUCCUCUCACGCUCUGAGUCUCCCGUGCCCCUGCUUACCCUACACCGCUGCCUCGGCCAUCUUGCCCCAUCCUCUAUACAGAAGAUGAUUGCUGCAGGUUUGCUGGACGGGUUUGGGGCCGGGUACAGUGACAAAGACGUAGAGGAGUUUGUUUGCAAUGCUUGCCUUGGUUCCAAAGGUCACCGCCUUCCCUUUCCCGACUCUGAGUCGCAUUCCGCCGAGAGACUUGGCCUCGUGCACAGCGACGUCCUGUCGUUCCCCACUCCGUCCUUGACCGGGAAGCGCUACCUUGUCACGUUUCUAGACGACCACUCUCGCAAACUCUGGGCAUAUGCGAUCGAUCACAAAAGCGAUGUUUUCCCGACCUUCCAGACUUGGCUCGCCGAAGUGGAGUUAGAGACGUGUGAAGAGUCCACUCUCAGCUCGACAGGGGCGCCUCGGUCGUUGCGCGCGCCUGCUAGCCUGGCCCCUGUGGUGGGGACUUAG